AUGCCUUAAUAUGAUAUAGUGCAAAUUAUGGUAAUUAAUAUGAUCUAAGUAAAUAGAGUUGGAAAGAUAUCAUUAAUACAUAAACUAUUGCAGCCAUGAAUUCAUCUGCAGGUUCAUUCUUUGUUAACCCAAGAUAUUAAAGACAUUUUUGGACUGUUUUAAUUCCAAUUCUUGAUAUCGAAGGUUUGUUCUUAAUCUACAAUACAUUCUUAUCAGGUCAUCUCAAAAGAUUUAAAUCAGUUUUUUUCUGA